AUGAGAUAAUACUUGAGUAGGAAUACACAUUUCUAAAAUAAUAGAUUUAGAUAAUUUAUUGUAAACAUUUAGAAACUUUUGAACUCCUUAAGAAGAAUGGGCUAAAAAUUAAAAAAUGUAGGUAAGAGAUUUUAAGGUUGACUGUAUAUUUUGGAAAUUAAUAAAUUGAUAAGUAAAAUGAUAAAGGAGAAUAUGUAUUGUUAAU